AAGAAAGAAGAAAAUUUGGAUGGCAGGUUGGUGGUGGGAAUGAUGAGAGAGAGAGAAACUAAGAAACGAGACAGAAAAAAAAGAAAAAUUCUGACAUCGAGAGAAGAGAGAGAAAGGAAGAAAGUGUCUCACGAAGAAGAUGGUCGAAGAGAGGGUCCUCUGAGAUCAUCCGGAAAAGGCAGCAAUAGAAGAACAAUAGAAGAAAAAAAAAAAGAGGAAAACAAAAUAAGAACUUCAAAUUUUAAUUUGUUUUGAACUUUUGCUGCCUUUUUAUCUGUGUCUCAAUUUGCCCCUACCUGUCACCCCUUCUCAACCAACAUUGUAUUUCCUUCCUAUGCACAACAAAAUUAUCGCAAGAAGGAGUGUUAUUUUCUUCAACCUUUUUGUCUCUUUUGCAUGCUCCACCAAUCGUUGAGGAUAAUAGAGAAGAUGUAUUGAGUUAAGGCGGUUAUGUAUUAUGUGCAGAAGAGACUUGUAACAAAGAGAUAGCAUCAGAAAAAGAAAUGAGAGAUCCUGAUCUUCAGACCCAAACCUUAGUUUUUCAUGACUUCACUGUAACGUAAAACUUUCCCUAGUUAGUGAGUUUCUUUUGCUUCAUCCCAAUCCUUGCAGAUCGAAGGGUUUCUCUGCAUAAUAUACCUGGAAAUUGUGGAUAUUAUACAAUAUAGAGUCCUGGCUACCGAGGAAUAUAGAUACUACCUUAAUCAAAUUUUGGCAUCGGCUUCACCAAGAAAUGGAACUAAGAUGGAACACAUUUGGAUUUUGUCUGAGAAUUUAUAUUUUCUUGUUCUCACUAUGGGGAAUCCGAGAUUGUUGUUCCGUUAAUGAUGAAGGACUGGCUUUGUUAGCGUUCCAAGCGAGAAUAACUAGUGAUCCCUUUAAUGCUUUGGUGAAUUGGGAUCCCAAUGAUUGUAACCCUUGCGAGUGGUUGGGUGUUCAUUGUGUAGAUGGUAAAGUGCAAGUGUUGGACUUAAAAGGGUUAUCAUUGGAAGGGACGUUGGCUCCUGAACUUGGCAAACUUAGUCACCUAAAUUCUAUUGUAUUAUGCAAGAAUAACUUUUCUGGUGCCAUUCCCAAAGAACUUGGAGAUUUACCCAAGCUAGAGUUAUUAGAUUUAAGGGAAAAUAAUUUGUCAGGAAACAUCCCAGCAGAAAUUGGCAACAUGUCGUUAUUAAAACACUUUGUGUGGCAACGUAGCUUCAACCAAUGGUACAAAUCAGAUUCAUUGAUUAUUCUAACGAAAGCAAAACUUAAGAAAUUCGCCAAUGCCUUUGCUUGGCCACUAUUGAAGCUAGGGAAGACUGCCUCUCAUAGCAAUGAAGCGGAUUAUUGUGACAUUCUGCCCAGUUCUGAUGUGCCAAAGAUAGCCCAAAAUGUACCAGAAAUUGUUAGUUCGACACGUCGUAAGUUACUUCAGUCUAGUGGUAAUAACCUUGCAGCUGUACCUUUCAGUGACAAAACACCAAUAGAGUUUAGCACUGCUCCAACUACCUUCAGUAGUGGAGCUAUUCCUGCUGUUCCAGAAGCCAUCGAGAAAAAAAAUCGGCCUGCACCCUCAGAUCCGGAUUCUAAUGCUCCUGAUGAUGCUUCUGAUGAAAAUCAAUCAGACAAUGUUUCUGAUGAAAAUCAAUCACAAGAUGCUUCCGAUGGAAAUCAAGCAAGCCAACAACAUUUAAAUAAUGGUGCUUCUACGUGGAAGUGGAUAAUUAUUUUUCUUCUUCUUCUGCUGGUCAUUAUUAUCAUAAUUCUUUUAUACAUUUGGCGAAAACGAGCCGCAAAAGUAAUACGCCCCUGGAAGACAGGAAUAAGUGGACAGUUGCGGAAAGCAUUUAUAACAGGGGUUCCCAAGUUGGAUAGAGGAGAAUUAGAGACAGCCUGUGAAGAUUUUAGCAAUAUUGUUGUUGAUGGUUAUGCCGGGUGCACCAUCUACAAAGGAACAUUGUCUAGUGGAGUUGAGAUUGCUGUAGUUUCUACUCUAGUUACUUCUUCUAAGAAUUGGUCAAAGAGCAUGGAGCUAAGAUACCGCAAAAAGAUUGAUACUUUGUCUCGCAUAAAUCAUAAGAACUUUGUUAAUCUUAUUGGCUACUGCGAAGAACAAGAACCAUUCACUAGGAUGUUGGUGUUUGAGUAUGCUCCAAAUGGAAACGUGUUUGAGCAUUUACAUGGUACAACUCUUUGUUUUCGUUUUGCUAGAGAAAAAUGGAUUUUAUCUGUGUUCUUAAAACUAAAAGUUCUGUAUGUUUUAGUUGCGGAUUUGGAACGUCUUGAUUGGAGUGCAAGGAUAAAGAUUAUCAUGGGGAUUGCGUAUUGCCUUCAAUACAUGCACCAUGACUUAAAUCCACCUCUGGCACAAAGCAACCUUACUUCAAAUAUGAUAUUUUUAACAGAUGAUUUUUCUGCUAAGGUUGCAGAAGUUACUUUUAGACAUAUUGUGUCACCAGAGAACUCGGGUGAUUCAAAGAAAUCUGAUGAUGGGCCAUCCGAAGAGAAUAUUGAAACCAAUAUUUACAACUUUGGAGAGUUAUUGCUGGAAAUCAUCUCAGGGAAAUUAUCUUACUCGGAAGAACAUGGCAACCUAGUGGACUGGGCUGCUACGUACUUAAACGAGAAAACAAAUCUCAAAGAUUUGGUGGAUCCCACCCUCCAAUGUUUCAAGGAGAACGAACUUAAUUGCAUUUGUGAUGUAAUCCAAGAUUGUAUCCAACCUGAUGAAAAGUUAAGACCAACAAUGAGGGACGUGACUUCCAAAUUAAGGGAAGUGCUUGGUUUGUCACCUGAGCAAGUUGUCCCAAGACUUUCUCCACUCUGGUGGGCUGAAUUGGAGAUAUUGUCAGUGGACUCGACUUAAGUUUCAUUUUAACUCUCUUUUAUGUGCUUCAAGUCUCUCUCUUUGACCUCCAUCACCAACCAGAGUGGAAAGUGAACAUAUCUACUCAAACAAUUUUUUACUUCCUUCAUAUCCUUCUUCUUCUUUUGUAAGUCUUCAUCAUUGAUACCUUAGAUAUUUAUGUCCAAAGGAAACUGUAUUAUGUUGUUUUGCAAGAAAGGUAUAUAGUAGAUUGUAUUUUUGCUGAAGGAGUUAAUGUAAAGUGUAAAAAUUCCAACAUGUGUUCGUAUACUAGCCCCCAAUGAACAUACAAAUUUAUAUAUUAAUGUUUAUUCAG